GGAGAAUUCCCUGGACUGUAUUAGCCCAAGGAGUCACAAACAGUCAGACACGCCUGAGUGACUUUCACUUUCCAUGACAAUUAGUGAUGUUGAGCAUCUUUUCAUGUGCUUAUUGGCUGUUUGUCCACCUUUAGAGAAAUGCCCUUGCAAGCCCUUUCCCAUUUUUUCUUAAUUUUUAAAUUUUUUUAUCUUUUAAAUUGUGAAAGUAUGAUAACACAUUUACAGGAGACUUUGAAAAUACAGAACAAAGUGACAUAUAGUUCCACUGUAUAUUACAAUUUUUUAAGUAGAUAAACUAUGAUUUUCAGUCAGAGUUUCAAUGUCAAACUCUCAAAAAUUAAUAGAAUGAAUAGACAGAAAAGUAGAAGGAUAUAGUAGAGCUGACAGGCACUCUGAACCAAUUCAACAUAAUCAAGGCUCAUACAGUUUUCACACAACAGCAGGGUACAAAUUCUACUCAGGUUCCCACGGACUGUAAACCUUUGCCCGUUUUUUUAACAUGGCUGUUUCUUGUUGAGUUUUAGGAGUUCUCUAUAUAGUCUAGAUUCUAAUCUUCUAUCAGAUGCAUGAUUUGCAAGUAUGUUCUUCCAUUCCGGGGGUUUCGUUUUUACUCUGUGAAUAGUGUCAUUUGAUGCACAAAAUUUUAAAAAAUGUUCAUGAAGUCCAAUUUGUCUAUUUUUUUCUUUUGUUACCUGUGCCUUCGGUCAUGGCCAAGAAAUCACUUUUAAGUCCAAUGUUGUGAAGCUUUUUGUCCUGUAUUUUCUUCUAAAGGUUGUCUUGUUUUAGGUCUUAUGUGUAGGUCAGUCCUUCAGUUUGAGUUGAGUUUUGCAUGGUGUGAGGUGAGGUCUAGCUUCAUUCUUUCCCAUGUGGAUACCUGGUUUUCCUGGCACUUUUUUUGUUGAAAAGGCCAUCCUCUCUCUAAUGGAUGGUCCUGGCACCCUUGUCAAAGAUGACUUGAACGUGUGUGUGAGCUCCCUGUUCUAUUUCUGGGCUCCCUGUUCUAUCCCAUUGCGCUGUAUCUGUCUUUAAUGCAUUUGCGUAUUUUUAAAGAUAGAAGUGUGGUCAUACUGUGCACACUUUUCACAGCCGGCUUUUAAAAAGCUUAGCAGUAUGCUGUUUACAUGUCUCCUCGUCGGGACAGAAUCUCAGCCGUGCUGAGUCGUGCCACUCACUGUGGUCCGUGUUCAUCCGAGAUUCAUGUAAGUCAUCUGUCGUUGGACUUUCAGGAAGAUCCCCCGGAGAAGGAAAUGGCACCCACUCCAGUAUUCGUGCCUAGAGAAUUCCAUGGAGAGGCGCCUGGUGGGCUACAGUCCACAGGGUCACAAAGAGACAACUCAGUGACUGGGCACAGACAUUCAGGAGGCUUCCACUGAGGCAGUGUCUCUGGUGUGUUAUGGGCAACGUUGUCAUAAUCUUCCCUGAUCGGGUUCUAUUUAAAGUGCCUGGCAGAGGCUAAGUGCUGUGAAAGUAUUUGUUAAAUAAAAUCUGUACAAGCGCCAUUAUCAUUUUCUCAGGAUGCAUUCUUCGAAGUCGCGUUUCCCGGUUAAAACACGUGUGGUCUGCCUCUCACCUGGAUGGACGCCACCCUGAGCUGGGCCUGAGCAGACCCUACGGAGUGGGCAAUCCUGUGUCCAGGCCCCGUGUGGCCCUCGGCAGGGCGUGGGGUCUGGAUCUUGGCCCCCAGAGCCGCCCUCCUCUCUCCACGCCCUCUUUGGAUCAUGGCUCCAGCACUUGCCAGCGGGGUGACCUGGGCAGAUUCCCUGACCUCUUGGUGCCUCCGUUUCCCACCUGGCCUCCAGCGUGGCCGCAGCGUCUGUCCUGCAGGGCAGUGUGUGAGGCCCCCGGCAGCCCAGUCCUGUCUCCUCGAUCAGCCAGAGCAGCUGGAGUCCGAGUGCCCUGAAGCUCGGGAGAGCCCUGAGGCCAUGCCUGUUCUGGAGCACCACUUUGCUUCCGCCAGUCCGUGAUGGAACGCGGCCAGGCUGACAGAGGGCAUGCUCCUGUGCUCAUCCGCUGCACGGGUGGGCCCGGCGGCACUGGAUUCCUCUCUGUGUUUUCAUUCUUCAGAGUUUAACGGAUACUAACCCCUCCUGUCACCUCAGCAUGAACACCCUCAGACUGGAAGUUCAUUCAUAUCGUGUUGUUACUGUUUAGUUGCUAAGUCGUGUCUGACUCUCGUGACCCCAUGGACCGUAGCCCUUCCAGGCGCCUCCGUCUGUGGGAUUUCCCCGGCAAGAACCCUGGAGCGGGUGCCGUUUCCUUCUCCAUUCAUAUUACUGACCUUACUGCUGCAUGGAGUCUACCGGGGUUCUCUAAAGGUAAGGGGGGCUGGGCGCUGUCCUGGAGCGCUGGACGCGGAGGGGAGCACUGUGGCAGGAGCUGUCCGGCGUCACCGUCUGUUCCCGGGAGGAUGUGGCCAGACCCGCCGCCCCGCUGAGUCUAGGGUUCCUGCUGCGCAAACACAGAGAAGCCGCCCCCCACCGCGUCCUCCCCGGGGCCUCUGAAUGGAGCGGCCGGCUGCCUGGAGCAUCUCGGAGCCGCUUGAAGAGCUCGCGAUCCUGCUUAGAAACGACGGGAGCUGGUCCCUCCCCCUGGAUGUAGUCAUCGCGUGGUAAAUUCCAUCUGAAAAGAGGAGCCGAGCGCUUUGCUGAGUCACAGAACCCGGGGAGCUGAUUGCACAGGCGCCGCCUGAGCGUCCCGGGGUCAGAGGAAGGUGGAGGAGAGGCCGCGGACCGGAGGGGAGAGGCCGCGGACCGGAGGGGCUCCGGUGUAAGUGCUGGGCUUGGAGCGCUGCGGGGGCUCUGCCGCGUUCAGGUGGGGCUGAGGGCUUUCUGCACGGGUUUCCCCGUGUGAGCUGGCUCCUGCGUUCAGCGUGCACACGGAUGUAGCUGCGAAGUUCACGGCGGGCAGAGGGCAGGUGAGUGAGAAGAUGUAGAGGGGCCGCAGGCAAGCGAUCGGCCCAGACGCGCGGCUGCCCCUCGGGCCACCCUCACCAUGUCCAAAAAGGGCGCAGGCGGCCGGAGCAAGGGGGACAGGGCGGAGGUCCUCGCCGCGCUGCAGGCCGCCAACGAGGACCUGCGGGCCAAGCUCACCGAGAUCCAGAUUGAGCUGCAGCAGGAGAAGAGCAAGGUCGGCCGGGUGGAGAGGGAGAAGAACCAGGAACUCAGGCAGGCGCGGGAGCACGAGCAGCACAAGAGCGCCGUCCUGCUCACCGAGCUGCGGACCAAGCUCCACGAGGAGAAGAUGAAGGAGCUCCAGGCGCUGCGGGAGGCGCUGCUGCGCCAGCACGAGGCCGAGCUGCUGCGCGUCAUCCGGACCAAGGACAGCGAGAACCAGCGGCUGCAGGCGCUGCUGCACGCCGUGCGCGACGGCGGCCCGGACCGGGCGCGCACCGUGCUGCUGUCCGAGGCCAAGGAGGAGGCCAAGAAGGGCUUCGAGGUGGAGAAGGUGAAGAUGCAGCAGGAGAUCUCGGAGCUGAAGGGCGCCAAGAGGCAGGUGGAGGAGGCGCUGACCCUGGUCAUCCGCGCCGACAAGAUCAAGGCCGCGGAGAUCAGGAGCGUGUACCACCUGCACCAGGAGGAGAUCUCCCGCAUCAAGAAGGAGUGCGAGCGCGAAAUCCGCCGGCUGAUGGAGGAGAUAAAAUUUAAAGACAGAGCAGUCUUCGUGCUGGAGAGAGAGUUAGGGGUUCAAGCCGGGCAUGCUCAGAGACUCCAGCUCCAAAAAGAGGCUCUAGACGAGCAGCUGUCCCAGGUCAAAGAGACCGACCGGCACCCGGGCAGCCCCAGGCGGGAGCUUCCUCAUGCAAGCGGUGCAGGAGACGCCUCAGACCACUCGGGAAGCCCUGAACAGCAGUUGGAUGAAAAGGAUGCUCGGCGUUUCCAACUUAAGAUUGCGGAGCUGAGCGCGAUCAUCCGGAAACUCGAGGACCGCAAUGCCCUGCUGUCAGAGGAACGGAACGAGCUGUUAAAGCGUGUAAGGGAAGCUGAAAGUCAGUACAAGCCAUUGCUGGACAAAAACAAACGCCUCACUCGGAAGAACGAAGAUCUGUCCCACAGUUUACGUCGGAUGGAAAACAAGUUAAAAUUUGUCACCCAGGAGAACAUAGAGAUGAGGCAGAGAGCAGGGAUCAUACGGAGACCCAGUUCCUUGAACGACCUGGAUCAGAGUCAGGAUGAGCGGGAGGUGGACUUCCUGAAGUUGCAGAUUGUUGAGCAGCAGCAUCUCAUAGACGAGCUCUCCAAGACCCUGGAGACCGCUGGCUACGUGAAGAGCGUGUUAGAACGUGAUAAGCUUUUAAGAUACCGGAAACAAAGAAAGAAAAUGGCGAAACUCCCCAAGAAGCCGGUUGUCGUGGAGACCUUCUUUGGAUAUGAUGAAGAGGCUUCUCUGGAGUCCGACGGUUCUUCCAUCUCUUACCAAACAGACAGGACAGACCAGACCCCAUGCACCCCAGACGACGACCUGGAGGAGGGCAUGGCCAAGGAGGAGACAGAGCUGCGGUUCCGCCAGCUGACCAUGGAGUACCAGGCCCUGCAGCGGGCCUACGCGCUGCUGCAGGAGCAGGUCGGAGGGACGCUGGACGCAGAGCGAGAAGUUAAGACCCGUGAGCAGCUGCAGGCGGACGUGCAGAGGUCGCAGGCGCGGAUCGAGGACCUGGAGAAGGCCCUGGCCGAGCAGGGGCAGGAUAUGAAGUGGAUUGAAGAGAAGCAAGCGCUGUUUCGGAGAAAUCAGGAGCUGGUGGAAAAGAUUAAACAAAUGGAGACCGAAGAGGCUAGGCUGAAACACGAUGUCCAGGAUGCAAAGGACCAGAACGAGCUGCUGGAGUUCCGGAUCCUGGAGCUGGAGGAGAGGGAGAGAAAGUCGCCGGCCAUCACCUUCCACCACACCCCCUUCGUGGACGGGAAGAGCCCCCUGCAGGCGUACUGCGAGGCAGAAGGCGUGACGGACAUCCUGGUCUCGGAGCUGAUGAAGAAGCUGGACCUGCUGGGGGACAACGCCGUAAGUAAUCUGACCAACGAGGAGCAAGUGGUCGUCAUACAAGCCAGGACAGUCCUGACCUUGGCCGAGAAGUGGCUGCAGCAGAUCGAGGAGACGGAGUCGGCCCUGCAGCGGAAGAUGGUGGACCUGGAAAGUGAGAAGGUGGGUGCACGCCUGGGCCCGCAGCCCCGUGCCACCACGUCCGACACGCGAGGCCCAGACGCGGGUCCCCUUGUGUUCCAGGAGCUGUUCAGUAAGCAGAAGGGCUACCUGGAUGAGGAGCUAGACUACCGGAAGCAGUGCUUGGACCAGGCUCAUAAGCACAUCCUGGAGCUGGAAGCCAUGCUGUACGAUGCCCUGCAGCAGGAGGCCGGGGCCAAAGUAGCCGAGCUGCUGUCGGAGGAGGAGCGCGAGAAGCUCGGGGUGGCGGUGGAGCAGUGGAAGCGCCAGGUCAUGAGCGAGCUUCGCGAGCGGGACGCCCAGAUCCUGCGGGAGCGCAUGGAGCUUUUGCAACUGGCGCAGCAGAAAAUUAAAGAAUUAGAAGAAAGAAUAGAAGCCCAGAAGAGACAAAUAAAGGAACUGGAGGAAAAGGUAAGGAAGCCCCCCUUUCCUCCAACUUUACCGGAGAGCGGCGGGUGCCCGGGCAGCAGAGCGAGGCGGCGCGUCUCGUCCCUGAAGACUCGGGGGAAGCUGGCCUCUGCAGACCCCCUGCCGUCGAGGAGGAGGGAGAGAGGGGGUCUCUGAGCACCUCCGAGGGGACUGUCCACUUUGAUGAGCCGGAAUUAGAACUCGUUCUCCGACUGGGCUUCUCUGAAGAGACCUGGUCUUGGCUGCGGACCCCAGGUCCUUGCUUGGGACACAGCCCCCCAGCCCCAGUUACGGGGCCUUGCGGGGCCCCUGCGGGCAGGUGCCAAGGGCCGCUUCAGGGCAGGAGCCCCAGUCCCCGCCUCCCCUGGAUCCCUCAGUGACCACAGCGUGAGUCAGAGCAGAGGGCGGACUCCCAGAAACAACGCAGGUGGCCGGCAGCACGCUGCGGCGAGGCUGUUGCCGCGACGGGGACCUUCGUCCAGGGCACCCGAGCGGCUCAUGGAGCAUCUCCAGGGUGGUUCCCUGGGUCACCAGGCCAGCUGCGAAGAUGCUGCAACUCGCCCGCUGGGGUCCUGGGCGCUUGCCGACUGACACAUGCGGCCACGCUGCCGUGUUAGACGCUGUCGCUAGUGGGAACAGAACCGUGGAUGCCACGGUGCUGCUAGCCUCCCGCCCUGAGUCCCCCCGAGGGACCGGCCAGAGCGAGGACUGAGAGCCGGUGGAGGGAGCUGGGACGAGAAGGGCGGGUGGCUGGACAGGGCCGGGCCUCACUGGAGACGCAGGGGCCGGAGGCUGUCUCGAGCGGCGCAGACCCGGGCACCGCAGAGGCAGGCCCAGUGUGGCCGAAGCCGCCCGGCCCAGAGCUGCAGCCUUCACGCUCCAGGGGCAGAGUCUGGCGAGGACCACAGCGCCCGUAGGUCUGCGGUUGAGAAGGGGGCUGACGCCCAGCUGGCAGCAGAGGAGAAGCAGCACGUCGAUGAAGCCAGUUUAAGGCGUGAGUUCCACUCCUUGAGCAUCAUGGUCCACAGCCUGGGAGAGCCUCCCUGCACUGGGACACAGCCCGACUUGUGGCUUGGAGGUGGUCCUUCUGUUAACCUCGCACCCUUGAGUCUAAGGUUGUGCUGUCAGUAAUGCAGUGUGUGUGUGUGUGUGUGUGUGUGUGUGUGUGUGUGUGCAUGAGUCUGUGUGUGCACACACACGUGCUCUGUCAGAAGACACACAGGGUUGAGCUCUUCUGAGGCACUUAGAGAUUGAUGUACUGGGUAAUGAGAUGGGCAGCCAGGUGAGAAGGUAACAGACAACAUUGUAUAAAAGAAACACAAGCUACAUUGCCCAGGAGCUGGAGGGAGGUCCGCCUGUGUUGUCUGCAAGUGUUAGGUUCACUUUAUAUUUGUGUCGGAAGAAACGUUCCACUCGGGUACGGAUGACAGAGGCAGCCAGACCAGGCUUGAUUCCCUAGGAUGAAUCGAGAGAAAGAUUACAGGAUCAGACGGACAUGCUUUUCUCUAGUGGGUGCAGGUUUUCCGCUGGGCAAUGCACGAUUAAUCAACACUUGUCCAAGAAGGAUGCAUCCUUUCUGUUGUCAUUAAAGCCACAGUUAUGUAUUCACUUGGACAAGAAAUGGGGCCAGUUCACUGCUUUUCCAUGUGAGCUUGAUGUCAGGUUUGUAUCUCAAGUCCAAAGUCUGCUUUAACCCUCCCUACAUUCUUUUGUCUUGUUCUAAUGACUGCCCGGCUUGGCACAUUUGUUGUACUCAAGCAAAUGGCAAACAAUAGACUUGCAUGAAUGAAAGCCACCGUGGAGCUAUGGAUGAACUCCCAGAGUGAUUCUGAUGGAGUGUAUGAUGCAGGCGUCAGGAGCCGCUCCACAGUUCCACUCCUGAGGGCCUGCCCGGCGUGGUGUGUACCUGCCCAGGAGCAGCAGUUAUGGAGGCUGGCCAUUUGGGAUCCCAAAAUGUGCAUUUUAAACCCAAACUCACACCCCUCGUGUUUAUUUGGGUCAUCAUGAUUUUCAUGUUGUACAUAUGUCUGGAGUACUUCAUAUGCCCUACAUCCCAGAUUCUCAAUCACAGCUUUGUAAUUUUUAAAAGGGGGCAAACUCUACAGGAAAGAGAAACAUGUAAAUAUGUACCAAUGCUUAUGAAGUCAUUAUUAUCUGUAUGUAAAUAGGAUGUGCGUUGGAAAGGGAACAUGGCUCAGUGAAUGUUUUAAGUAAUCCAUGUACCAAACUGCAUUUCGAAACUGCAUGUUCCCCAAAGCACACAGUCAGCUGCAGUGCCAAGUCUUCUCUUCAGACACCGUUGUUUCUGUUCAUGUAUCAUGGGCACCUUCUGUUCAUCUGACUACAAAAUCCAGCAUCUCAGGGUUGGGCUUUUGAAAAAAAAAAAGAGAGAGAAGAAAGAGACAAAUAUGAGUGUUCGUCACUAAUUCCUGCCAAUCCGCUGAGCAUCUGAAGAAUUCUAGUAUUUUAAAAUUAUAUGCAUUUUCUAAAUACUAGAAUGUACCUUUUAUUCAAAACCAGUGGACUGGAUUGAAUCGAAUAUUUGGGCUCUCUGUUUAGCUCUUCAAAUAAAGGAAGUGUCAGGAAGAGGGUGAAACACAGAAGUGUUUGCUGCGUAACUGAGGUGUGUGCAGCCUAACAGCUAUCACCACACGCAGCGCGCACGAUGUCUAGGGAAACACACACGUGCUUUCAUCUGCCCAAAGCAGAAUUCCCGUGCACAGUAUCCAUAACACACACGAGCUUCCGUUCAUCUAAACCAGAAUCCAUGUAGACUGCGGCUUCUUGUUGACACAGUGUGUGUCCCUCGUUCCAUGGUCUCAAGCUCCAGUUGCUGAAGGACCGUGGCUUUUCCUUCAAGUGCUCAGCCCUCGAGGAGCCUGUAGCCUUCAGGACACCCUGAGUGCCUUACGCGGCUGUGAACACCAGCCGGCAGUCAGGAGGGAGGGCGUGCCGGGAGUGGGUUUGGAGGUGUUGGACAUUAAUCUACACUGACCAUCACUGCGUCAUGGACCUUAAGAUGGACUGUAUGUUUUAACACAGUAACGGAUUUACGUUUAGGCUCAGGAAAAUCAAGCUGUACAUAUAGGUAUCAAAUCAUAUAUUUGUUUACUGUAUAUUUUUUAAAAGCUUUAUUGUGAAUUUAUGCAAACACGAAUGAGGACUUGUUUUCUCAUGGCGAUGCGCCAGGCAGUGUUUGUGUUCCCUGAAGCAGUUCCUUAAUAACCAGACUCUAAACACGUGAUACUCUGUGCAGUGCUAAACAGUAUUCCGAGGCCUAAAAUAGGUUUGUAUGGUGAUCAACUACAGAUUUUACACAUAUUUUUGUAUUGUGAUUCCUAUGAUAUAUACCAGAGAAUUUUUACUCAUUUGUAAAUUACUGUACAGUUUUUAAUAAAGAUUGUUUUAAAUCUUAGAAUAUCAAAGUUCUCCACCUCACAAAGUAUUAAAGUCUGGACUU